CGAAUCAUCCGGAGGUGUCAUGGUGCCACACAAUCUUCGGAAUCGUCCUGCCUCGUUUCUCACACACGAGCGGUAGUAUCCUCCCUGAACGUCUCCUUCAACCACGAUCCGUCUGGCAAUAAUAUCAUUGGGGUCAUUUUCAUCGUCRGACGACAUGGCAAGGGCAGAAUUGUAGGAGGAUUGCGACACGCAUCGAGGGGCACCAACAAAUGCGCUGACAGAUGCCAUACUGCUGCAAAGAACGACCACCAGCAAAAGUAGGGUGCCCACAAAUCCGGAUGGCUGCGACGAUUUGGUCAUGGUUGUUAAUUGUUUUUGUGUUGGGCUGGUUGUUUGUUUUGAUCUAAUUGUUGUGUUUUGUUUGUGACACGGGAAAGGUGAAUUUGUGAUUCAAUUCCWUGAGUGAUGAGCCGAUGCGAUCAUUCUUCGUGUGUUUUGAGAGGGGAUACGCAGCAUGUAGAGUGAUGCGAUGUAUCUUCAAGCCGCAAGCACAAAUUCCCCUUGAAACUGACGUACCCCUCGUACGAAUCGCUGUUUUGAACCAUACAGUCCAAGCACGAAGUACAGUACUGUACGCUACUGGUGCCGGUACGGCAGGUUUCGUUGGAGAAGGAAGAAUGCGUUCUAAUGUGGUUAGACGGGCGAUAAAGCAGUUAUCUCGCACCCUAAUCGAAAUUURGUGACUAAACCCUUCGACAGUUUUCGCGCAGCGCGUAUUCUGCAACUUCGGAUUUACGAUSAGAGUUACACGUUUCAUCGGCAUCCAUCACGUAUCAAGUCUGGAUACCGUAAGAUUCCUGUAUUUCUUGGCUGUUGAAGACACUUUUUGUUUGUUUGCUAUGUUCUUCAUGCGUACCUCUACCAGCAGCUUUCUUUUCUUGACAACACAUCCAUUAGGCCUUCUAUCUCCGAGUGAGUUCAAUAGAUWAAUUCCUCGAUCAUCACCGCACAAGCUGGAAAUCAAGACCAAUUUGACAGCAUCAUCUGCAUCUGAGUAUCACCUUUGUGUGUAGCGUAUUCCRAUUGAGCAAUUCUGAGCAAUCAACGAAAUGCAUACUAGAACACCACARGCAGUGAUGUUUGCAUCUGCGACCACGUGCAUCUUACUAGGUGCUAUGAAUUCCUUGCCAUCGGCACACGGAUUUGUAAAURCCCCCCAGUCUCAGUACCACACUAGCACAAACCCGAUUCGAACURAUGGUGCGGUCAUCAUGGAAAUGAAACAAGGAAAAAAUGCUGGCAACGAUUUCGAAGAAAGYACUUUGAUCAAAAGAGAUUGGCAGAGGGAUCUGACGAGUAUGUUCCUGGGCGGCAGUCUUUUUCUGGCAAGCGCAUUCGGAGGAGCACUCCCACCUGCUUCGUAUGCCGUCGAAGACAUGGCACCGCCGUCUGCUGGAUUCGAGGAGUUUGCUGCCAAGGGUGGUGUCAUGAAAACGGACCCCCAGUGUUUUUUCGACCAGUGCGGCGAUCAAUCCAAGGCGUGUUUUACCAACCCCUCCUGUCUCAAGGGCAUCACCUGUCUCGGUAACUGCCGUGGCGAGCAGCUGUGCGCUACGCAAUGCUUUGCGCGGUUCGGAUCUGAAAAACUCAACGACUGGCUGAGCUGUACCCUCGAAGAGAAGGAGUGUGUUACCACAGGCGUGAAGCAGGACACAUCGAGUUUUUACAAGGACCCACCACAGACAAAGGCCAUGGAGAAAUUCACCCCCGCUGACCUAGAGGGCAAGUGGUACAAGGUUCAGGGAUACAACCCGAAAUACGAUACAUAUCCCUGCCAAAUAAAUACCUUUACGCCACGGGCCGAUGGAGGACUCGACAACGACAUCCUGUUUCGGGUGCCCAAGCCCGAGGGACAAGGCACCGGAUCUUGGCAAAACAAUUUCGUGGAAAGUAUGGCCAACAGCAAAGGCCCCGAGGGCAAAGCAAGCAUGACCGUAGAGGGAAAGAUGUUCGGUUUGACCUUCCACGAGCAAUGGUACGUGUUGGGGAAGGGAGAAAGCCCUGAUUGGMGGGUUGUGGCCUACAUCGGAGAUACUCAGCAGGGYCCCUACGACGGAGCCUUUGUUUACACUAAAGAAAAAGACACUCUCACCGGAYCCGACGGMCCCGCCAUCCAGAGCGCGGUGAACGCUGUUCUGAAGGAGGCCGGCCUCGAUCCGAAACAGAUGGUGACAAUCGACAACACGUGCCCGACCGAUGCCACCASGGCYGGCGUGUCGAAAGAGGAUGCAUCGAAGGAAAAGCUCGAGUGGAAGGACGUAUUUGAACUCACCGAAUGGUUCCGUCCCGGUACGCUGAAAAAGCAGGCCGAUUUCGACCCUAACAAGAUGUAAGAUGCAUCUAUAUGGGUUCAAAGAUAAGCAUGAAGAUUAAUUGUGUGGUAUAAUACCACUGUUAUUGAUACUGCUUCUGUCAUCCUCGUAUGAACAAAUAGUGGUAGGAAACAUUUAUAUUGCAAACCUAGCUAGAAAAUCUCAAAAUAUCGACAAUCGAUUCAAGUGGGCCAUUCUUCAAAAUACCGAAUCCGUCAAGGUCGAAAAUUCCCGGGCACGAAUGGGCUGCCUUGCUYACGAAGCCUGGGUACAGUUUUAUUAGACGCAACGGAGAUCUAGCAGCUGUGUGACAAGCGUCGGCUCUGCGUAUGGGGGAAAGUACUUGGGAGAAAAUGGUGRCUCAUGCUCGAGAGUAUUUUUUCCUUCGUCSUAGGCAAUGCCUUCAAGUCGGAGUGGGACAAGGUUUCCAGGUGCUUGAACCUAGAUCGCAAUCGCAACUAUU